UCAACUCAUUUGUAUUCCAAACUCAGGCCCACUUGACCCUUCUAGCUUGCGCUUCUCUCCGUCCGCCUCUGAAGUGUCUCGACAGUCUCUGAACUAAACCGCAACCCAUCCAGUCACUUCCAUAUCCACUCGACAGUCUCUGAACUGUCUACGACCACCGGCAUAAUGGAGCCACACCUCCUUCACCCCACUAACCUGCGCCUUUCAACUUCAACCUCCUUAACCUCUGCCACAUAUUCGAUAACACUCUGCGGUGAACAUGCCCAUAAACGAAACCCAACAAUCCAUUGUCUUCAUUUAUCGAAACGGAGCUCCGACCCGUCUUUGAAGGCCAAAAAGGAGCUUUCUCGACUUCUGAGAACAGACGCUGCUGUUAGAAACAUUGAGAGGAAAGCAAAUUCCAACAAGUACAAUAACCUUUGGCCCAAGGCUGUUUUGGAGGCUCUGGAUGAAGCUAUUGCAAACAAUCUGUGGGAGAGUGCUCUUAAGAUUUUUGGACUACUACGUAAGCAACACUGGUAUGAGCCGAGAUGCCAAACGUACACUAAACUGCUGAUGAUGCUUGGCAAGUGCAGGCAACCUGAGCAGGCCAGCUUGCUUUUCGAGCUCAUGUUAAGUGAUGGGCUAACACCUACUGUUGACGUCUUCACUGCUCUUGUUAGUGUUUAUGGAAAAAAUGGCCUCCUUGACAAGGCGUUCUCUACUGUCGAUGAUAUGAAGUCAGUUUCUGACUGCAAACCAGAUGUAUAUACAUAUUCUAUUCUUAUUAAUUCCUGCACCAAAUUCAAUCGUCCUGAUCUGAUUGAAGAAAUUCUGGCUGAGAUGUCAUAUCUGGGGAUCGGAUGCAACACAGUCAUAUACAAUACUCUAAUUGAUGGCUAUGGUAAGGCUGAAAUGUUUGAAUUGAUGGAGGACUCGUUGACAGACAUGAUUGAAAGUGGCAGCUGCCUUCCUGAUGUUUUCACAUUAAAUUCUUUUCUUGGGGCUUAUGGGAAAUGUGGACAGAUAGAGAAGAUGGAGAAGUGGUAUGAUGAAUUUCAGCUGAUGGGAAUAAGGCCAGACCCUAAGACAUUUAAUAUCCUGAUUAAAUCAUAUGGGAAAGCAACAAUGUACGAAAAGAUGGGGUCCGUUAUGGAGUUUAUGAAGAAAAGGUUUUUCUCCCCAACUGUUGUUACUUAUAAUAUUGUAAUUGAGGUAUUUGGGAAAGCUGGAAAUGUUGAGAAGAUGGACGAAUACUUUAGAAAAAUGAAGUAUCAAGGAAUGAAGCCUAACUCCAUCACCUAUUGUUCUCUUGUUAGUGCGUAUAGCAAAGCUGGGAAUAUGAGUAAAGUUGAUUCCAUUUUGAGGCAAGUAGAGAAUUCGGAUGUUAUACUGGAUACGCCUUUCUUCAACUGUAUUAUUAGUGCUUAUGGUCGGGCUGGUGAUGUAAGAAAGGUGAGCGAAUUGUUUUUGGCAAUGAAAGAAAAAAAAUGUUUGCCUGACCAUAUCACCUUUGCUACCAUGAUCCAAGCCUACAAUGCACGAGGCAUGACUGAGGCUGCUGAGGACUUACAGAAAAGGAUGAUUACCAACACGGAAAAUUCAGGCACAAGGUUGAUUGGAUGCUAGUAUGUUAAUUAUAUAGAAGAAUAAACCUUCAAAUAUAAACAAUUCAGACUUCGAAGAUGGUCAAAACUUGGACAAAUGAUGAUACCUUUUGGCCAGCUAUUUUGUAGGUAAUCAUAACUUCUUAUCCUCCUCUCUCUAAUUAUCUGGAAAGUUGUGUCUACUUUUAUUAGUAAUCUCUGCUGAAUGUGAUUGGGAGAAAAAUAUAACCAUAACGCAAAUUCAGACUAAAUGUUAAUGGUUGCGACUCUGAUAUUGUGGUUAGAGGCUUGAGUAGAUGUCCUUGGAAAGACAUCAUAGGAUAUUGAUGCAGCGAGAUAUAGGGGAAUAGGGAGAUCGAACGAUACCCUAAAGUAACAAUGUCGGAAUCCACCAAAAAAUUGAGUAAAACUCAAAGGUAUUUGAUUGAUAAUAAACUGAAUUGUCACAAAUACAAUGCCACGAGUUAGCUUAAAUAGAAAACCGUAGGAAACCUUGGGUUCCAGAAUAUUCAUAAACUUGGCUAAUAAGAAAAUAAUAAAAAUCCUAGCUAAAAUCAUAUAUUAGGAAAAUAAUAUCCUAAUAGAUAACUUAUUCUUAAAAAUAUAAAAUAAAACAUUAAAGUGAAUAUAAAUCUUGACAGAGUACAUAAUUGCUUCAAACUUCCUCAAUCAAUUUGAAAAUCUCAACAAUACGCCUUCCUCUUUUCCUAGCGCCAUAUUUGACAUUUAAUUGGAACUUUUCUCUCUUGCACGAUUUCCUUCCAACUUGGAGCCACUUUAUUUUAAUUAAUUUUUCACACCAUAAUUAACCCAUAUUUUGUCCUACAUCAGAUAUUAAUUCUUUUAUCCCUAACUUUGGUUAAUGUUGGGAAAUGGGGUGGACAUUAGGUUCUAAGAGGAGUUGUGGAUAGGGAAGUUUUCUGUAUGUUCCUUUUAUCCAUGUUUUUCAUAAAUUUUUCAAGUCACCUAUAUAACAUUCCAAUUGCCAAUAUGUCUGUUGAUUCUUCUUUUGCAAUAAGUUGGAACUUUAAUUUCUGCACAAACUUGAAUGAUUUGGAGGUUAUGGAACUUUCUUCAUUACAACCACUGAAAAAUAUGUCCUUAGAAUUGAGGAGAUUGAUAAAAGUUAUAAUAACUUGAGUCAUCCCAUGUGUUUUUUGUGUAAACUGUUUUUUAGAAGUUAAUUAACGAAUCAUCUCCUCCCAUUUUCGAUCCUCUUCAGAUGAUUUGGAAAGCACAAGUGUCAUAUAAGGCUCAAGUUUGGGGAUAGAUUAUGCUCAUUGUAGAGUUAGUAUUGCGACAUUAUCCUCAGGGGUAUGUCUCUAUAUUGGUGGGCCACGUGCUGAAUGGGAGCUGAAAGUAUAGAUAUAUCUUUCUUCAUUGCCCUAUUACUCUAAAGCUUUGGCACAAACUGUUUUCGGAAGCAAAUGUGAUAUGUGUGACUCCCCAAUUUUGCAUAUUCUAUGAUAGUUGCUUUUGGAGGGGGGGAAGGAGCAGAAGUAAUAUGUAAUAGUUGUCUAAUGACUAUUGCAUGCGUAGUAUGUAGUAUGGAUGGAACAAAACCAGAGGAUUUUUGAAAACUUUAAUGCGGAUGAAGUGAAGGGGUUAUGUGAUGUAAUUUUCUUUUGGGCAUCAUUGAAGAGAAGAAGAGAGGGGGGGGUUACUUGCUUAGUGCUUGAGCUAAGCAAGGCGGUCGAAGAAAGCCGCAAGUGGAAGCAACUGUAUACGACCUCCUCUUCCCCUUCCACCAACUGCUACGCUUGCAGAGGACGCCAUUGCCAUUGCUAAGUCUUGGUUGCUUUUAUUAGUCCGAAAGGAAAGAAAGGCGUAACGAUCUGGGCACUGUAGCUGUAAAGGUUCAAUAGAAAUUCUAGCCGCUGGGCUUUCGCUUGAUCUUCUUUCCGGAUGUUUAAAGCUGGACUUUGGCGAGUCUUCUUAUUUAGAGUCUUGGCCGUACUACUUGCCUGCUGGCUAAUGGCUUUCCUUAUUGGGAUUUCUUUCCUAUUGCUUGUCUUCCUGGUCAAUCAAGCUUUCGACGAGUGACUCUUGGUUGCGGGGCCAGGGAAGGGACCAACUAUCUACUUACCCGCGAAAGGGAAAGUAAGAGAGGAAGAAUGCGCGACUGGCUAUCGAGAAAAAAGACAUUCUCCGCCCUUCUUUCUUCACUCUCGUUCUAGAAGGCAUUCCGUCAAGCAGCAUGGGAUGAAGACGAUUAUGUGCAAGACAAUUUUCGGCAUAAGGCACUUCACUGCAAAUAGCGUAGCGUAUAUAAUAUAAGAAAGGAUGGAGAGUGUUAGUUAGUCUUUCUCUUUGCCAUCCGAUUCUAUAAAGCCCAUCUCUUGCAAGAGACGAUUGGGGGGAAAGAAAAAAAAGAAGACUUCCUUGGAAGAGGAUUCUCAACAGCAGAUAUAGCAGGGGAUAUCUUAACUAUAGCAAAGAGAGGAUUCGAUGCUUUCUUCUCUUAGAUGUGGCAUUACCGGUCUUUGCAAGAAGGGCUUGGCGGAGUAAGGUUUAGGCUUUCCCUUGCCCAUCUGGGGAUGAAUCCGCUCUUAGGACAA